AUGUCGAAAACAAUCGAAACCCAUCUGCAAAGCAACGAGGUGCGAAUACCGAAGAAACGGAGCGAAUUCGACGUGACGUCGUCAGCCGCCCCGUGCCACUACUUCAAAAGCUCAUUCGCCCGUUCGCUGUCGUUCAGUCAAGGGCCGGGUGGAGGUGGAAGUGGUGGCCACGGAGGGCGCGGCCCUUAUGGUGGGGCAGAUCAGCACUUCACCCGGUCGCUGGAUUUCGAUGUGAACUUUGAUCCGAUCACGGGCAACGACGAUGGUGCCGGUGAUCCGGUGAAUGGACAGGCCAAUUCCACACACCCAAUGAUGAUGAUGAUGAUGAUGGGCACACCUUCGGCCGCCUCGCCGGUGUACGAGGAGGAGGGCGAAGGUGGGGUGCGCGGCGAAAGCGAUCCUGAUGUGGCGUCACUGAACGGCAUCGAGGCCAGUAACGGUGGCAUCGUGAAAACGCUCUGGAACUACGCCAAGGGACAGGAAGUAAAAUCGGCCAACAGCAGCCCCGCAAAACGGGCCAUAGGACUCAAACCGAACGGCACGCUGGCAUCGAGAAAAUCCAUCGAAGGCAACGAGAUAGAAGUUUUACGUCUUCGCAAGGAAUGCCAAAAUUUAAUAGAAGAAAACCGUCGCCUAGUAAGCUUAGCGACCAACGGUGGAAACAGUCUUGGUGGCAACUACGCGAUCAACGGCCUUCUCAACGGUGCGUUGAGUGGAUCCGGAAAUCUGGCAACCCUGGGCAUGGGGGCGCCCAACGGUGGAAGCUAUUCUAGUGUUGAAUCUGUGAUCCUGCAAACCCAAGUCGAAACGCUGCAGUGGCAACUAAAGCAGGUUGAUUCCAGCAGACGCAUGCACCGAGCGGUGAUGGAAGAAGUCGUGCGAUUUCUGGACCGUUGCUAUCGCUCCCUGGACGCGCUACAGAGCGGACAGAUCGGUCGUUCGAAAAGUGUACUGCAAGUGUCCAAAACCAAUGGGACGCAGCAUCCACACCAUCACCACCAGCACGAUUCCGAUAGCAGCAGUGCCAGCAGUCCUCGAGCACGCAGCAGCACCAAUCUGAUCGAUGCCCAACAGAAGCCCUACAGCAAAGCCACCGGAGGAACCGGCCAGAAUGGACGUUUGGAUCAUCAGCAACCAUCGUCCCUGACGUUGAUCCCAAACUCAUCGUCGACUGCGAGUCAGCAUACGGUAUCGUCAACGCACCACGAGGACGAUUGCGUCGUUCCGCCAUCACCUGCCAGCUCCUAUAGCAAUUUUAGAGAUUUUACUUGGCGACGCUCACCGAAACGAACCCAGACUCUGCCAAUUUCCAGCAACGAAGUUGACCCGGAGAAGCUGGCCCAGGAGGCGUUCCGUUUGCUGCGGACGGUGCAGAACCUGCUCAACACCCAGGAACCGACGCUGGCCCAAUCGACGAACGCACUGGACAGCCUGAUCUCGGCCUCAACGGCGGCAUCCAGCUGCGGCAGCAACACCACACUCACCGGUGUCGGUCUUUCCGCUUCCGGUGCCGUCCUUGGCAGCACUCCGACCCUCACCGGAACCGGCAGUAGUGGUGGUGGUGGUGCAGGAGCUUCCAGUAGCGGAGGGAACAUCGCGGGUUCAAAUGGGCAUGGUUCGGGCGCGAUCGGACCACUGGUCAACACCCGCAGUACGGUUGGGUUCAGCCGAAAGUUGAACAUGCGCGGAAGCCGCCUCUCGGUACGCAGCAGCACGGCCGAUUCGGUGCACUCGACCUCGUCCUCCACGAAGACAGAGACCGACGAGGACAACACGGAUCGUCCUUCGCCACCGUUGCUACUAGCGCACCAUCAUCACCAUCAUCAUCUGCUGCACCACCAGGCGGGUGGUGGGGGUGUGAAUGGAGCGGGAACCAUGGCUGGUGGGGGUAGUAGCAGCAGUAGCUGCAGCAGCAGCACUUCCGGCAACGGGAGCAUCAGUGGAAAUGGGCACCACCAUCAUCAUCAUCACCAUCAUCACCAUAAUCCGGCGCAUCGGUACAGUGCCAACAUCGAGCGGAUCAAGGAGAUGAUGAUUUCGAGCUCGGCGGAGGACGAAAGCGGAUUUAGCUCGAUGAACUCGUUCCAGGAGAUCGGACUGCCGCUGAUCAACUCCACCAUGCUGUCGUCGGUGGGAAGCAGCCACGGUGUUAGCACCGGCUCGAUUGGGGGUGGAUCUUCGUCCUCGACCGAUGGAGCAACGAGCAGCAGUAACGGUGGUGGUUCUGGAGGUGGUGCCGGUGCCAGUGCGUACGGUGUGUCGGAUGAUUCGUCGGAGUUGCGCGAAAACACCGUCAUCCCGACAACGAUCGGGAACAGGGCCGGUGAGAGCAUGGCGAACAGCAACAGUAGUGCCAACAAGCUGGGCAUUCCAUCGUCACCGUCCAGCAGUAAAGCCGCCGGCUCGGGGAUGGGUAGUGUGACCGCGACGGUCACUUCAACGAGCGCCGGUGGAAGUGGCAGCUCGCCUGGAACGACCACGGUCGGAGGAUCACCGCUGCGAGUGGCACAAUCGGCCAGCUACGAGCAUCAUACGCACUUUAUUAACCACCGUCGGUGGGAUUCGGCCCCGGUGGUGCCACCGAAGCUGAAGAUACACGCCAGCGAGACUGACACCGUGUCGCGUGUUCUCUGGGUGUAG